GCCAUUUCUGUCUACAGCUCAAAGCUAAAACAAAUUUCUAUUCAACAGUGUAAUUGAUCAUCGAUUUCAAUCCAAAUCUCUGUUAAUUAUUCCAAUUCGUAAAUGGCAAUGAGUUUGCCUCACCAGAUUGGAGCGAUUUCCGGCGCGCCUUUGGCGGCGGAUUCCGCCGGCGCAGCCAUUGAAGCGCCUUCCUCUGCUACCGUCACUGCGGUGUGGAGAUCUCCCGCCGCGUCUAACCUGCGCGUCUCCGCGGUGGACUCCGACCGCAUCUCUCCGUCGCCGCCGCUCAGUCCGCGAUGUGUGCGGCCGGACCUAUCGGUCGCGGCUCAGGCGCUGAUGUCUCCGGCCACGGAGGUGGAGGAGGAUCGGGAGUAUGUUGCCGGCGGUGGCGCGCAGGCUAAGGAUCGGAAAGGUGUGCCUGUGUUCGUGAUGAUGCCGCUUGACAGCGUGACGUGGAACCACACCGUGAAUCGGAAGAAGGCGAUGAACGCGAGUCUGCAGGCGCUGAAGAGCGCCGGCGUUGAGGGGAUCAUGAUGGAUGUGUGGUGGGGGUUAGUGGAGGGAGAGAAACCUGGCGAGUAUAAUUGGGCGGGAUAUGUGGAGCUUCUCGAGAUGGCGAAGAAGCACGGCCUCAAGGUCCAGGCGGUCAUGUCGUUCCACCAGUGCGGCGGUAACGUCGGCGAUUCGUGCACCAUUCCACUUCCGAAAUGGGUUGUUGAGGAGAUUGAUAAGGAUCCGGACCUAGCGUACAUGGAUCAAUGGGGCCGGCGUAAUUACGAGUAUUUGUCUCUAGGUUGCGACACUAUUCCUUGUCUCAAGGGAAGAACUCCCGUCCAAUGCUAUUCCGAUUUCAUGCGAUCCUUCCGUGACACCUUCGAUCAUCUCUUAGGUGAUACCAUUGUGGAAAUCCAAGUCGGAAUGGGUCCGGCUGGCGAGCUUCGCUAUCCCUCAUACCCUGAGGCCAACGGGACGUGGAGAUUCCCCGGGAUUGGAGCUUUCCAAUGCUAUGAUAAGUACAUGUUGAGCAGCUUGAAAGCGGCUGCGGAGGCUUUUGGGAAGCCAGAGUGGGGCCACACCGGCCCAACUGAUGCUGGGGAGUACAACAACUGGCCGGAAGACACCAACUUCUUCAAGAAGGAAGGUGGUGGCUGGAACAGCGUGUAUGGGGAAUUCUUCCUCACUUGGUAUUCCGAAUUGCUGAUCGCCCACGGCGAGAGGAUCUUGCAUUCGGCCAAGAACAUAUUCGAGAACAAGGGCGUCAAGAUCUCUGUCAAGGUCGCUGGAAUCCACUGGCACUAUGGCACCCGGUCCCAUGCUCCCGAGCUCACUGCCGGUUACUACAACACCCGCUUCCGUGAUGGCUACCUCCCGAUCGCGCAGAUGCUGGCCCGCCAUGGUGCCAUCUUCAACUUCACCUGCAUCGAGAUGCGGGACCACGAGCAGCCCCAGGACGCGCUGUGUGCGCCCGAGAAGCUGGUGAGGCAGGUCGCCCUCGCCACCCAGCAGGCGGAAGUUUCACUGGCUGGUGAGAACGCCCUCCCUAGGUAUGAUGACACCGCCCACGAACAGAUCCUGCAGGCCUCGGCCCUGAACUUGGACGGCAGCUCGGGCGAUCGGGAGAUGUGCGCUUUCACGUAUCUGAGGAUGAACCCGGAGCUGUUCCAGCCGGAUAACUGGAGGCGCUUCGUGGCGUUCGUGAAGAAGAUGGGCGAAGGGAAGGACACGAACAAGUGCUGGGAGCAGGUGGAGCGGGAGGCGGAGCAUUUUGUUCAUGUGACGCAGCCGCUGGUGCAGGAGGCGGCGGUGGCGCUGAUGCAUUAGGUCGGUUGUGGCCUUGUGGGGGUAGCAUGUAGAGAGUAACUCCGACCACCACAGUUUCCGAUCAACACCUUUCGGAUGUAUCUGAUGUGGCAGUAUGAUGCGUGUAAACUUUGAGAAUUUUAAUACAGUUAUAUUUUGGUCACAACUAUGAUGGAUUGUAUUACUGUAAAUAUGUACACAACUGUCUUAGUAUGAUUAUAUCCUCUUUUAACAAA